AUGGAAUACAACACAACCGAACAGCCGUUUGUGCCUGCUGUCCAACUCCUCCACAAGGGCACCAUCGGCACUGUUUCCGUGAGCACCAUGAAUGACCCCCAAGAGGCUACAGCAGACGAGACCGCCUGCCGCGCAACUUGGCUCGAGAAGACAGCCUCCCUCUUGGACAAGAUGCUCUCCUCGGCAAACUGCCCAGCCCCGCACAAGGAAUCCUACAUGGCCUUCCACACUCAAACCUUGGUCCCGCUGAUGGGCCCUUACCCUCAGAAGUUCCGCAGUGUUGUAACCCGCAGUGGCCUUCCGCUUGAGUUCAGCGCAAACUAUACACAGCACAGCAAGGGUGAUCCAACGUGGAGAAUCGGAUUCGAGCCUGUUAGCAUGGCCUCCGGCUCGCCCGGUGAUCCAUACAACCAGGUUGCCAUGAGCGCGUUGCUGAGUAGUUUGAAAAGCUUGAACCUGCGCGGCUACGACACGGGCCUCUUUGAGCACUUUGUGGCAAGGCACACGGUCAAUCAACCGGAGCGGGACUCCCUGGGAGGGAAGCAGCUUGAUGGAAGUGACAUUAGUCGGUCCCAGGUCGCCUUCGGUUUUGAUCUCAAGGAUGGUCAAAUCGCCGUCAAGGGGUAUACCUUCCCGGCGCUGAAAUGUAAGGUGACAGGGAAGGAGUUUGGCACCCUCUUCCGUGACUCGAUUUAUCCCCUCAUUGGGUGCAUGGGCGGAGACCACACCCAGGCCAGCUUCGAUACCAUUGACGAGUAUAUGAAGGAGACGAGCGGAUGGAGCGACUGGUCAUUCUUCUCGUGGGACUGUGUUGCGCCUGCCAAGGCGCGACUUAAGCUCUACAGCUCGACCAAUCUCGUGAAAUGGUCCAAAAUGGAGGAGAUAUGGACGCUGGGAGGGCGAGUCGUCGGGGAAUCGAACAUGCAGGGCUUGACAUAUCUUCGGCGCCUGUGGGAGCUAGUGCAGAUCAAGGAUGGGUACCGUGCAUUCACGGGCGGGUUUGACAAUGACACUGACUCAACACCGACGCCCGUGCUCUGGAACUACGAGAUUAGGCCGGGAAGUCCAGAGCCGCUCACCAAGGUGUAUCUCCCUAUCCAUGGCGAGAAUGAUCUUAUGGUUGUACGCGGGGUCGGUCAGUUCCUGGAAGAGAUUGGGCUUGUGAAGACGGGGAGAAGUUAUGUGCAGACAGUGAGGGACUAUUAUCCUGGGCGAAAUUUGAGCGAGACAGCGUGUUUGACCUCGUGGCUCUCCUUCGCGUAUACGGAGGCUACUGGAGUGUACCUCACUGUAUACUACCACUCGUCGUUUGAUUACCCGUGGGCUGAGAAGGAGGAGAAGUAG